GCUGAGAGCAGUCGUGAAGAAAAACACUCAGCAGGUGGCGCUAAUCCACGUUGACGUUGGGUGCCUCCCGCUAAUAAACCUUACGAAGAAGAAGAACGAGUGUUACGGGACGCUGUGAUUGGUCUGUUGGAGCUAUCGUCACUCAUGCAGAGUUCUGAUUGGCCACUGCAGUAGAACCGGCCCUCAGCGGACGCAUGGGAAAUCCUGUUUGAAAAAAGUGAGGAAAAAAAACGAACGACAUUGAAACCGAUUUAGCAGUGAGCUGAGAUGGACGUGGAGAUGGUGGAGUUCGUGGUUCCUGUGGAGAACAAUAAGACUCUGUUUGUCUGGAACCUUCAGUCACUUCUCACCGAGGCUCAGAUCUACGACAGAUUGUUCGGUGUCUUCUCGUCUUUCGGUCCUCUCUACCUGUUGAAGGUGCGUCCUAACGCUCCCCUCCAACCCUCCGGCUUCUCUGCCAUCGUCAAGUUUUUCUCGGCUUCUCAUUCGUCGAAGGCUCAACGACAGACUGAUGGACGCUUGCUGUUCCAGGACGUCCCACUCAAGGUGAGGUUGAGCUCCAAACACACCCCUCACUUCCUGUCUGACAGCAGCAGACCUUUGAGUCACGCCCGCUGCCUGGAACUGGCCAAUCACUGCCUGGGAUUCAAUGGCUGGACCUAUAACAUCAUCACAUUGAAGGAGCUGAGCGAUGAAGCUGAGGAGGGUGGAGGAGGUGCUGAGGAGGGUGGAGGAGGUGCUGAGGAGGGUGGAGUCAGGAGGCUGAGGUUCGGCUGCCUGCUGCAGCUCAACUUCCCCCGUCACGGACAGACGACCAGAGGAGCAGCCGUGGUCAACGACAGCUUCACCUGCACAGGCCCAGAGGUUUUGCUACACAAACGUUGUAAACUCCAGAAGUUGGUCAGAGACAAAGCUCUGGUUCAGGCCUUCAACACAGUCCUGCUCAUUCUCCUGGAAAAUGGUAAAGUGAUGGUGGAGGUGAAACAGACGUCAGAUCAGAUUUUACCUGAGAACAUCGAAGGAGUCGUUCAUGUGAAUGAGUUUGAUCUCGAUGAAGAUGAGGGUGAAGAUGAAGAAUGGGAUCUGACUGUAUCUUAGACUCCCAGAGGAUUCUGGGUAGUGGUGCAUUAUGGGAAACAUUACAGCAUCACAUAAAGAUUUAAUUAAUUCAAUAAAUCAAUGUCGUCACUGUAAAUUUUAAAAACACGAGAUAGUGAAAUGUUGACUACGGAUAACACGCAAACAUGUAAACCAGGUCCUGCUGCCCCCUGUGGGUAUAAAAGGAACAUACACUUUAAAUUAGUGUAUUAUCUUUGAGAAUCGCUCGUUUAACGCAGCUACAAAAUUAAGCUAUUUCAACAACAGUGUGAUACCCUGACUGACCACGGACUGGCUGGGGGCGCUGUUUCACAACUCUGGAUUAUUUCACUCAAUUUACAUGAAACUGAUUAAAUGUUCGCAGACAGAUACACACAGAGAUACACACACAGAGACACACAGAUACACACAGAGAUACACAAACAGAUACACACAGAUACACACACAGCGACACACAAACACGAGUAAAGACGUGAACUGUGAAACUCAGCAACAAAUUACCAUUAAACCUCCGAACGAGACAUUUCACUGUAAAUCUGAAUGAACUCAUCAAUGUUUAUUAUUGACAAAGUGAUCGAUCAGAAGCAGGUUGAGACUAAACCAGUCAGUAAGGAAACCAGCCAGUAAGGAAACCAGUCAGUAAGGAAACCAGUCAGUAAGGAAACCAGCCAGUAAGGAAACCAGGCAGUAAGGAAACCAGUCAGUAAGGAAAGCAGUCAGUAAGGAA